AUGGACGGAUACCGGGUAGUGUUACCCCGGAUCUUCCAGCCUACGGAUGAAUUUCAGGUGGUCCACGAUGACCAAGAGCUACCUAGCGGUCUCCAUGUCAGGCUCAACAUCUGGACGGGUGUGAAGGAAGCCAAGAUUAACGACCCCGACGAGGUUGAUAGCUCACUAGAGGGGCUACCCGUCGAUAAGGCUGUGGUCGUUGUCGAGCCGGAAGAGGGCGAGGCGCAAGAGCAAGCCCCGCCUCGCAUCCCGGAUGGGGCCCCGGCGUACGAGCCUGUGGGCAAGAUCAAGCAGCCACCCGUGGAAGAGACUGGAUUCUGGGACGCGCUCAAGGUGAGCCUCCUCGACAUCUCGAGCGACAUCUAUUACGGCCUGAAGCUUACCGAGGACAAAGAUGCCACCCAGGCUCUCCUCUGCCUCAUGGUCAAAGGCGACGCGGAGGGCCAAGACAGGCAGGCGGCGGCCCGGAUCCUCGCCGGCGCCAUGCAAAACAACGCCAAGGCCCUGGAGCAGGUGGCCCAGGAGUGGGAGAACCUGAUGUCGUCCAAAUGCGGCGGCGCCACCCUCCGCGACGCGUUCUACGCUAGCCACGUACCCGGCGCCGCUGAGGCUCUGUCUCCGGCGGCAGCAUCCCGCGUCGGGUCCACAGUGUUCGCCAUCAAGGGCCUACUACAGAGUACCGCCAUCCGGGACGAUUUCUUGGCGAGCGGCGGCAUGAAGAAACUCGCCGAGGUGAUGGCGGUGGACGACGCGGCGUGGGACGGUGCCCAGCGCAAGGUCGGCUACCUCCUCCUCGACACGUUCCUAGACCACGACGCCGGAGCGUCGCUAGGCCUCUGGCCCCGCGGAUUGGUAGCAGGGGACGAUGCCUGCGCCAAGGGUGAGGAUGGUGGCCAGGAAGACGGCUGCUGGGAAUUCUAUCUCAAGAGCAUCGUGCAGAGGCACCAGGGCGAGAAGGGCCACUGGAGCGAGGAGGUGUAUGAUAAGCUCCGGGCCGCGAGGAAGGGUGCGGAAAAUAAGGGCAACCGACGAGUUAAGGAGGAGCUUUAA